AUGGGAGGUAGGUUGAAUACUUCGUUGCGUCAGACGCGGCUGCUAUCAUUGAGCACACCAAGCCAAGUACUGUUUUUGGAAGACGAUGACGUUGCUUUCGUGGAGGAUGGAGCGCUCACAAUCCAUCGUUUCACUCGAAAAGCAUCGGACAGCACAUCGGAUCAGACACGUGAGGUGCAGAAUCUGAAUCUAGAACUGCAGCAAAUCAUGAAGGGCAACUUCAAGACUUUCAUGCAGAAGGAAAUCUUUGAACAACCUGACUCAGUGGUGAAUACGAUGCGCGGUCGCCUGUUGCCCAGCGGUCAAGUUGUGCUGGGUGGAAUAAAGAUUUUGGAAGAGCUUUCGGAGCUACCCGUAGUGCUGGAAUUGGCGUCAGAUUUCCUUGAUCGUCAGACUCCAAUUUUCCGCGAUGACGUCUGCAUUUUCGUCUCACAAAGCGGUGAAACAGCUGAUAACCCUGAUGGCCCUUAG